GAAGACCCUUCAGGUCAAGAUAGUGGACGACGAAGAGUAUGAGAAGAAGGACAACUUCUUUAUCGAGCUGGGCCAGCCCCAGUGGCUGAAGCGGGGCAUCUCAGCUCUGCUACUCAACCAAGGGGAAGGGGACAGGAAACUGACGGCGGAGGAGGAGGAGGCCUGGAGAAUAGCGGAGAUGGGCAAGCCAGUUCUUGGGGAGAACUGUCGCCUCGAGGUUAUCAUUGAGGAGUCUUAUGACUUUAAGAACACAGUGGAUAAACUCAUAAAGAAAACGAACCUGGCCUUGGUGAUUGGGACUCAUUCGUGGAGGGAACAGUUUUUAGAGGCAGUUACGGUGAGCGCAGGGGACGAGGAGGAGGAGGAGGACGGGUCUCGGGAGGAGCGGCUGCCGUCCUGCUUUGACUACGUGAUGCACUUCCUAACGGUGUUCUGGAAGGUCCUGUUUGCCUGCGUCCCGCCCACGGAGUACUGCCACGGCUGGGCCUGCUUUGGCGUCUGCAUCCUGGUCAUCGGUCUGCUCACGGCCCUCAUCGGAGAUCUGGCCUCACACUUUGGCUGUACCGUGGGCCUCAAGGACUCAGUCAACGCCGUGGUCUUCGUGGCGCUGGGCACCUCCAUCCCUGACACGUUCGCUAGCAAGGUGGCCGCGCUGCAGGACCAGUGCGCCGACGCGUCCAUCGGCAACGUGACGGGCUCCAACGCGGUGAACGUGUUCCUGGGCCUGGGCGUGGCCUGGUCAGUGGCCGCCGUGUACUGGGCCGUGCAGGGCCGCCCCUUCGAGGUGCGUACGGGCACGCUGGCCUUCUCCGUCACCCUCUUCACCGUCUUCGCCUUCGUGGGCAUCGCAGUGCUGCUGUACCGGCGCCGGCCACACAUCGGCGGCGAGCUGGGCGGCCCGCGGGGACCCAAGCUGGCCACCACCGCGCUCUUCCUGGGCCUCUGGUUCCUCUACAUCCUCUUCGCCAGCCUCGAGGCCUACUGCCACAUCCGGGGCUUCUAAGGCCCUAGCCGCCGCCCGAGGGUGGGACCUGGUGGCGUUUGCUCUUGGGCCCACCCCUGUCCACCUGCCCAGACUCAGCCUGGGCUCCUGGGUCUUCUCUCCUGGGCUCCCUCCUCGCCAGCCCUCUUCCUGGGAUCAGCCUCUCUUUCGGGCUUCUUCUCGGCCCCCUCCAGCCCAUCCGAAGCCCCUGGCCAAACACCCACCCACCGGACACCACCUUCUCCGUCUGCCGGGACAGCCAGCCUGAUCGUCCUCUCGUGUCCCCUCCCCUGAGCCACAAACCUCUAUCUGUGCCCCAGGUAGAGGGGGCAUCUCCCCAGGCGCCUCGGAGAGAGGCUGUGCCAUCCCAAGAUGCCACCCUUCCUGCCCCCCUAACCCUCAGGGAGCUCCCAGCAGUGCCCAGAGGAAGGAAAAAGGGGCUGUGGGCAAGAGUGGGGGCGGGGCACGCACUUUCCCAGAUUUCUUCACUCAGAGGCUUGGGGGAGGGGCAUUUGGAGUCUCCGUCCCCAGGCUGGAGGAGGUACACCUUGAACCCACCACCUGUGACAUUCCAGCGCCCUGCUCACCCUCCGCUACCUCUGAGAGCCAAGCCACGCCUUGGAGGGAGGGGCCUGUGUGUGUAUAUAGUGUGUCUGGGGGAGGGGGGCGCGGGAGGGUGCAUGUCUUGGGGGAAGGGGCCUUGACAGACUUUCCCUUUCGAGAGGGCAGCACUCAGCCUUGAGAACCAGCCCAGCGGAGGAGAAUCGAAGGGAGUCCAGCUGACCUCCCCUGCCGGUAGUCUAGAAGGUUCAUUUUGCCCUCAGUGCCAGCCAACCUGGGCAGGACCCUUGAAGAGGAGACCGAGGGUCCCAGAGGACCAAUGCUACAAGCCAGCAAAUGCUGCCACAUU